AUGGCCGGCGGCAAGCGCCGCCACGCACGCAACCCCACCGCCGGCGGGCCCCACCGCAGCGCCGGCUCAGGCCGUCGUCGCCCGGUCCCCGAGCUCCCGUCUUUCGUCUCCCUCGCCUCUGUCGCCGCCGCCUUCUCCUCCCCCGCCUCGGGCGGCCGCGGCGGAGGGCGGGGCGCACGGCGCGGCGGCGCCUGCUCCGAUGGCGAGUCCUCCCACGCCGUACCAUUUAGCUAUCCCUCCCUCCGCCCCUGCUCCGCUUUUUCGGAGCGUGGUCAGGCGCAGGCACUGGAGGUGACCAUCGACACCGCCCCCUGCGCCGACCCAGCCGCUUCCGUCUUUAUGUGCUCGUACGGCCCAGACGUGCUCGGUGAGAUCGGGCUUGGGCUGAGCGCGGACGAGGAGGAGGCCGGUGAUAGAGAGCUGCAUCUCGGGCUAGGAUUCCGGGAUGGAGGACACGAGGAGAUGGAGCUCAAAUUAAAGGAACUGGCGGAGGAAGAUGUCUCCUUCAACACGCCCAAGCAGAAGCAGGAGCAGAAGGUGAAGCCCAAUCCGGGAUUUUUGUUGAUUGGCGGAGUCAGGAUCUACACGGAGGACAUCUCAUCGCCAGAAUCGGAUCGGAUGAGCAGCUCUGAUGAGGAUUUAGAAUCCAAAUCAGGUGACGGGGAGAGAUUUGAGAAUGAUGAUGGCGACAGUGACGAAGAAGGUAGUGAAGGCGAGGAGAGAGAUUCGGUGUCUACCGGCGAGUCAUCAGGGUCGGAAUCAGAUGAAGGUUUGAUCUUCGGGGAUUCUUCUUCAGUUGACAAUGAGGUUGUUGCUGAUUACAUGGAUGGGAUCGAAAGGGAAGGAAAGCUUGAGGGUUAUGCACUAAUGACUGCAUCCGAACAGUAUGGCAUGAAGAGGCCGAAUUCAGUUGAGAAGCGGAAGGGAAAAGGAAUGGUUUGUAAUGGUGAUUUGCCAAGCAUGCAAGUGAUGGGCCUGGAGGAUAUGUUCAUGGUGAACAAUGUCUGGAUGCCAAACAGGUCAAGGAAGGGGUCGAAGACAGGAUCAUCAUCCUCUCAGCUCUCACGGUCCUGGCCUAACGAGGGUAGGAAGAGCAAAAAGUACCAGAGCAGGCCAGGUGAAAAGAAGCAGCAUAGGAAGGAACUCGUUGCAAAGAAGCGUCAACAACGAAUGCUAAGCAGAGGAGUUCACUUAGGGCAAAUUAAUACUUUUUCCUGUUGGCAGAAAUUGAGGAAAAUGGUUGUGGAUCAGGUUGAUAUGUAA